GUAAACCAACACCCAUCGUUCUCCUCUCUUCGUGCAAUCACUACCAAAACCAAAACGAGAGAGAUGGAAGCCUCAAGAAUCACCGGUAAGCCAAAGAUUGUGGUAAUCAUGGGCUCGACCGGUGCCGGAAAAUCGCGUCUCUCAGUGGACCUGGCUACCGGGUAUUUCAAAAACUCUGAGAUCAUAAACUGCGACAAGAUUCAAGUUUACAGUGGACUUGAUAUUACCACAAACAAAAUCUCAAUGCAAGAGCAGUCCGGUGUCCCCCAUCACCUUCUCGGGACGAUUAACCCGAAAUCGGAGUUAACUCCUUCGGAGUUCCGGGAAUUGGCAUCGAAAAUUAUCUCGGGCAUCUUAUCCCGUGGUGGAUUGCCUGUUAUCGUAGGCGGCUCAACUUCGUUAAUUUACGCCCUGGUUGCAAGUCGCUACGAUAUGCAAUCCGAUGGGUUCAACGGGCCAGAGGUGCAUCCGGUUACCUCUGAGCUUCGUUACGAUUGUUGUUUCAUUUGGGUGGACGUAUGCUUACCGGUUUUAAACCCGUAUUUAUCAAAGCGUGUUGACGAGAUGCUGGAUGCGGGUAUGUUUGAGGAGUUACAGGAGUUUUUUCGGUCUGGGGAACAUUUGAGCGUGAACCGGUCCGGUUUAGGUCUGUCAAUCGGAGUACCAGAGUACGAGAAGUACUUGGAGUUCGCAGAGAGGGAUGCGACGAGGCAAAAGGAAGCGUACGAUGAGGCCGUGAGAAUGAUCAAGGAAAACACGUACCAACUUGCGGAAAAACAAGUGACUAAGAUCAUGCGGCUGAGGGACGCCGGGUGGGACGUGAAGAAAAUCGACGCCACAAACGUGUUUAGGGCGGUCAUGACUGAUGAAGCAGGAGUGGCGAGUAUAUGGGAAAAACAAGUGGUGGAGCCAACCAUGAAGAUUGUUAAGCACUUCUUGGAUGAAUAGAUCAUCCAAGAAGUUAAAAAUUUUCGUUUCUUUGUUGUUGUUUAGGUGUCGUGAGGUGGUCCUCCACCCUUCGACAUGGGUUUUGUAAGUCAUCGCCGAUCAGACCAGAUAUGUCGGCCAAUUUUGAAGCAAU